AUGCAUGCUAAUCCUGGCUGCUGGCGGCAAGGCCCCUGCAUGUCUGGGGACCCUGAAGUGAGCAAAGGCGCUAGGUGCGAGAGCACAGAGGAAUACGAUUAUGAUUACCUCAGCAUCAAUAAAACCUGGGUCCUCACCCCCAAGGCACAGGAGACUGAUGCCACGCAGAUCCUCAACUCACUGCUGAAGAACUAUGACAACAAGCUGAGGCCUGACAUUGGCAUCAAGCCCACGUUUAUCGAUGUGGAUAUCUACGUGAACAGCAUCGGGCCAGUGUCUGUCAUCCAGAUGGAAUACACCAUUGAUAUCUUCUUUGCUCAGACGUGGUAUGACCGGCGUCUUCGUUUCAACAGCACCUUGAAGGCCCUCACACUGAACACCAACAUGGUGAGCCGCAUCUGGAUCCCAGAUACCUUUUUUAGGAACUCCAAGCGGGCCGAUUCCCACUGGAUAACCACUCCUAAUCAGCUCCUCCGCAUCUGGAAUGACGGAAAAGUGCUCUACACGCUCAGGCUGACGAUCGAGGCUGAAUGUCUGCUCCAGCUGCAGAAUUUCCCAAUGGACACUCACUCCUGCCCUUUGGUUUUUUCCAGUUAUGGCUACCCACGAGAGGAGAUUGUCUAUCGCUGGCGGCGCUACUCCAUUGAGGUCUCCGACCAGCGCACCUGGAGGCUCUACCAGUUUGACUUCACGGGGCUGAGGAACACCUCGGAAGUUCUCAGGACUGGGGCAGGGGAGUACAUGGUGAUGACAGUUUCUUUUGACCUAAGUAGACGUAUGGGUUAUUUUGCCAUUCAGACCUACAUUCCCUGCAUCCUGACUGUUGUUCUUUCCUGGGUUUCCUUCUGGAUCAAGAGAGAUUCUACGCCAGCCAGGACAUCUCUGGGUAUCACGACUGUGCUAACAAUGACCACCCUGAGUACCAUCUCCCGCAAGCACCUUCCCCGCGUUUCCUAUAUCACAGCCAUGGACCUCUUUGUCUCUGUGUGCUUCAUCUUCGUCUUUGCAGCUCUCAUGGAGUACGCUACACUCAACUACCUGGUGGGAAACAAGAAACCACUUGAGCACAACAACAGGAAAGCCAGGCUGCCACCUGCCGGUGCGCAGGUGAUGCCAUCCUUUACCACCAUCAACAUCAACAACAUCAUGCACUGGCCCCCAGAGAUAGAGGAGGAUGAGGAUGAAGACCCUGGCUCCCCGUGCCUGGAAGGAAAGGAAUGCGAGAGGUUCUUCUGCUGCAUUGAGGACUGUCAGACAGGAAUGUGGCGGGAGGGGAGGGUCCGCAUUCACAUCUCCCGCCUGGACUCCUACUCUCGCGUCUUCUUCCCCACCGCCUUCCUGCUCUUCAACAUUGUCUAUUGGAUUGCCUAUCUCUAUCUCUAGCCGUGCUUCAUCCUCAGCUGGAAUGGACUGGAGACCAGCAAGAUGGGCUUCUCAAGGAGCACAGAGAACAGCAUCUCUUCCGUAGUAGUCGAUUGUCGGUCUGAACAAUCCAACCUGGUGAUUCCCUCUUCCUGCUCUCUCAUCUCUUCUGAGAAGAACCAGACAGCUUUUUUUUAGCCUUCUAACAUAUCUUUUUAGAGAAUCUACCCUUCCCAAACAACCCCCUCUCCAGCACCACCAGCAUUUUACUCCUUGUAAGAUUGCCCAGAAAUGUCCUAGUCCCACCUCAAACAUUAGGGAUUUUGUCAAAAACAAAAACCUUAAUGCGUUUCAUUUUUCCAUCCAAUCCUACUCCAAAAUUCCAUGGGAAGUGAUAUUAAAUGGAGUUUUCUGCAUAGUUAUUAAGACUGCAAAGGAAAUAAAGUAGAUCUUACAACUUCUGCACCACUUCCACCAGAAUUGACUUUGUGGAGUGCUAGAGGCUUGGAAAGAUCAGAAGGAGAGAAAUGUGAAAGAGGGCAGCAGUACAGCUUUUCCACAGUAGCUGAGCUUGGCUAAAAUGUUUUGAACCUGCCCAGAAAGCUGACAGUGGCACUGAUAAGGAUGGAGUAGCUGCAAGCCUCCACCAGCGCCCCGUAGAAUAUCUGUGGAGCAUUCCUCAUGGAUCACUCCACUUGUUGUACCAAGUGGCACCCAAGGCAUCCACCCACUGAGACGUUGCUGCUUCUCAUCAGACGGUGGUAAAAAGCACUUCACAAGUUUGAAGGGCCCAUCUGCCUUACUGGAGCAGACUCUUCAGGGCCCACAGUGACAUUCUGCUUUGUGAUCAGGACUUUGAGCAGGCUAUGCAGCUUACGUUGGGCAUAGCCAAAAGAGGGAGAAAGUCCUUAUGCUACAAAAACCAGAAGCAGUCUCAUGAGCCUAUUGUGAGGUAGCUUUCUUUGGCCUGUCUCAUGUGAGCUGGGCCCUACUGUACCAUGCAUCAUAGCAGGGCAGUGCUCUCCUUCACAACACCACUUGUUGAAACCAUCAGAUCUGUGCUUGGUAGUAGGUGCUAACCUGAGAAAGGGGUACUAGAAAAGGGACCACGAUCAGCUACCAGUGCUGCACCUACCAGUGGUGGGGAGAGAGCAUUCCUGCAGCUCAAAUGUGUUUUCUUACUUCUUUUUUUUCAUAAUUACAUAACAAACCAGACUUUGCUAAAAAUGUGUAUCUCCUCCCAGUUGCCACCAAUACUUGGCCCUUUUCUUCCCAAAAUCAGGAAACGGAGCGAGUCGUCCUUAGCAGAUUUCAGGAAGGUCAGACAUAGUGAGAUGGUUUCUUAUGGUUCAUCUUAAAGGGACAAAGAAAUGCAUAAUACAGUCUCAAUUGGGAAGAACUGCAUAAUGUAGAAGAGGAAACUCAGGCCCAAGGUCCAUAAUGUGUAAAUCAGCUGCCUCCCCAUUUAUACCAACUGCUGAUGUGGCCCACAGCAUGAUUGUGAAAAGCAAUGUGCCAUUAAUAGUUACUUACCGUGUAAAUUACAAACAACAAAAAAAAUCUUUUUAAAAACAGCAUGUUUUAGAAACAAUUAGUACUUAAAAGGCUCGUCAUGAGAAGAAAGCUGGCAUGGCUGCAGAGAAGUUAGGAACGGCUGGCUCACAGGACAGCUAAGGGGCAGGAGGUUUUACAUAUUCUUAGAGAGCAAUUUGAUCUGGUUUAAAGAUGGAUUUUGACACUGUUAAAUCUGAUCUGAAUAAUGAAGUGUCAUGUUUAAUUCAUUUAUAAAUACAGCCUUACCUUGGUUCCAGAGGAACAGCUAGAGCGCCUAAUUAAGUAUACAAUAGUACAACACUCAGCUAAGUAUAACCUAAUGGGGUCAGACCAGCAUAGCUCUGGAAGGGGAAAUUGUGCCUGUCUAACCUGUUACAGUUCUUCUUUUAAAAUACCAAGAGAUAAAGGUUACCCAGAAGCAUAAUUUGCUUAGCUACUCCGACAGCUUUUGAAAGGAUGGAAAGAAAUUAUGGCGGGUGGUUCUGACUAAGGAAAUUGAUUUAGCAAAAGAAUUAUUAAGGAGGUUCUAAUUAGAGGAAAUUAACUGAGGAGAGGGGAAAAAAGAAUUGUUAAGGAGGCUCUAAUUAGAGGAAAUUAAUGUUUUAGAGAGAAAGACACAGAGAGGGAGAAGUCUAAGAAAAGAAUCAAAACAACUUCCAGACAAGGAGAGCUGCUGGGUGACAGUGCCAACUCCCAGCCAAGCAGGUUGAUGCUCUGCUCCUGAUAGCAAAGCUCUAUUAGAUGUAGCAACAGAAAAACCUCCUAUGACUCAACCGUAUCCGACAGGGAGCUGGAUUAAACAGGGUCCUGUGAUCUCUGUGGGGAGCCAAAAGGAAAGAGCAUCCUAGAUUAAAACUGGCUCACGCGACAGACUCUGAGUGAAGCAUGUCUUCACAUGUCAGAAGGCAGCUGCUAGCGUGUAUGUGGGAGGGGGCACCCUGGUGGCAAACCAGGGCCCGUGCCAAAUAUGCUCAUUAACAGUACGGUGGCAUAAAAGGUGUGCAGGCAAUGUAGGCUGCAGCGAACACAGGCAGCAAAAUGUGGAAGGGGAGCAUCUGAGAAAAGGAUGGUGGAAGGGAAAAUUUAACAUCCAUGUGCAAAGAAGUCCAAGCAUCUGCAAUUCACUGUAGCUUCAAGGCACUUGGGAGCCUUGAUGGACACAGAUGAUCGUCAUGGGUGCCGGAGUACAGACUUGAGCCCUGAGAGCAGCAGCUUGUUGAAAUUAGACCUUUUACGGAAUCAGCCAGGAGAGAAGCAGGGUGUACAAGAGACCUAAGAGGAUGACAGGGACUUGGGCAAAGUAGACUUGAAAGAUUAUAAGAUUUCACCAGAAAAAGAUAAAGCCAACACACACCUAGGUAAUUUAACCAAUGAUGGAGGAUUUGACAGAGGAAAAUAGCCUAGCGUGGGCUGGAGCACAAGGAAGCUGAU